AUGGCCACCGGCGGAUCAGACGACGGCGGCGGCGCCCGUCCACCGCCCUACUCGUCGUCGUCGGCGAUCGUCGGCGGGACGGUGAAGGGGCACCACAUCCUCAAGAUCGAGGGCUACUCCUACAUCAAGGAGAAGCUCCCCGCCGGCAAGUUCAUCAAGUCACGCACGUUCAAGGUCGGCGAUCACCUGUGGUGCCUUCUCUUCUAUCACAAUGGCAGCCGCGCCUCUCCUCCCGGCUUCGUCGCGGUGUACCUGAAGCUCGUCGUCGCCGGCGGCAAGCAGCCGGUGAGGGCGCGGGCCACGUUCGGCUUGCUCGACCGGUUGGGGAAGCCGAUGAUGUCCUGCAAACUUGACGCGGGGAUGCACGGCUUCACCGUCAGCGAGACCGGAUUCGGCUACCACGAGUUCAUCGGCGCGGAGGUCCUGGAGAAGCUGGGGUACGUCAGGGACGACAGCUUCACGAUCCGGUGCGACGUCGCCGUCGUCGGGGCGCUCCGCGUCGAGGACCGGACAGCGCCGGUGGUGGCGGUGGAGGUGCCGCCGCCGGAGCUGCGCCGGCACCUCGGCGGCCUCCUCGAGUCCAUGGAAGGCGCCGAUGUCACGUUCCACGUCGCCGGCGAGGAGGUGCCCGCGCACCGGUCCGUGCUCGCGGCGCGGUCGCCGGUGUUCAGGGCGGAGCUCUUCGGCGCGAUGAAGGAGAGCGUGAGCGGCGGCAGCAACGCCGUGGUGGAGGUGGAUGACAUGGAGGCCGACGUGUUCAGGGCCCUCCUGGCCUUCGUCUACACCGACGAGCUGCCGGAGACGGAGACGAAGCAGCAGGUGGUGAUGGCGCAGCAUCUGCUCGUGGCGGCGGACAGGUACGGGAUGCAGAGGCUGAUGCGGCUGUGCGAGGAGAAGCUGUGCGGGCGCGUCGAGCUGGGCUCGGCGGCGACGCUCAUGGCGCUGGCGGAGCAGCACCAUUGCCGUGGCCUCAAGGAGGCGUGCCUCCGGUUCAUCGACUCGACGGCGACGAUGGUCGCGGUGAUGGCGAGCGACGGGUUCGAGCAUCUGAUCAAGAGCUGCCCGUCUCUUGUCAAGGAGCUCAUUGUCAGGGGCUCUCAACUUCUAUCUGGAGCCAAAUGA